AUGUCUCAUGUGUUGAUGAGUGAAAAAUAUAAUGAACCUCAAGAAGGUUGCAAUAAUCUAAAAAAUCUGUUUAUGAUAAUCAGAAUGAUUGCAAAUAAUUUAGAUUGUAAACAUGUUGUAGAAUUUCUUGACUAUUAUAUUGAAAGUAGAAAUCCUACUACUUAUAAAUGUUAUUUGAAAGAUGUUAAAGUGUAUAGAAGACUCAAUGAGUGUUUUAUGAUUGCUUGGAGAUUAUUCAAGUAUGACGUCAAAGGAAUCUCUAAUUAG